AUGUCGGGCGUCAAAGAUGCUCUUUCGCAGGCUGCUGCGGCGCUCCAUCUGGGCGACAAGGAGCAAAGCACUGGACCUAUCGGUGCGUUGGCUCGAAGUGCGCUGCUAGCAGCCAAGGCCUUCACUGCUGAAUGAUCAACCACCCUUCCUUCGCGCAGUCCACGUUGACGAGACUGCCGGAUCAGACGAGACAGGCACCGGCUCAGCAGAGAAGCCUUUCCUGACAGCUGUUACCGCGCUCGUCUCCGCAGGACCCACAGCUCGGGUGCUAGUACGGAAAGCGCCAGCCGAAGGAACGGCACCCCCUGCCGACGCUGAUGCUGCAGGAUAUCAGCCCAUCUCUGGUGCUGGUCUGAAGAGAGCCAAGAAGGGCUACGAGGUUGCCAUCAAGAAGCAGCAAAAGGAAGCCGAGAAGAGCAAAGGUGAGACCAGCAAGGCCGAGGACGAGAGCAAGAGGCUUGAGGACAGCAAGCAGGUCGUCCUCAGCAAGCCUGAAGAUCUUGGCAAGAGGGUGAGUCAGCGCGUGCAUUGGCUGUGACCGAAUCACAAGAUUGAUUAAUACGCUACCCUCCCGAGCAGAUCAAGAUCCGUGCUGGUAUGCAGAGCCGUGAUCAGCUUGUCCACAUCUGCGGUUGGGUUCACCGUCUGCGAAGUCAAAAAGGCUUGAUCUUCUUGGUCUUGCGAGAUGGAACUGGCUACCUGCAGUGUGUUCUCAGCGGAGAGGCCGUGAGUUCUGUUGGGUCGAGGUGAUCCUGACGCAAACAACCGCUCAGUGUGCUCAACGUCCACCUCCAGGCAAAGACGUACGAUGCAUUGACGCUCACUUUAGAAUCUUCGGUUGAAGUGGUCGGAACAAUCAAGGCGCUGCCUGAGGGCAAGAGUGCCCCUGACAACCACGAGCUUGCCGUAUCUUGGUGGACUUGCGUCGGCAAAGCACCAGGCGGCGAUGAAGCAUUCAGCAAUAGAGUUGCGGAAGUGAGUCAAGCGAUUUGCGCGCGUCCGACCCCUGCUGGCUGGCUGCUAAGCCAACCUCCUCACCACAGACCGCCGAAUUAUCCUCUCUGGCUGAUUCAAGACAUCUUGUCAUUCGAGGCGAGACAGCCUCUGCGGUGCUUAAGGUCCGAGCCGCCGUGCUGCAGGGAUUCCGAGCAGAAUUUGAGGAUCAGGGCAUUCUGGAGGUCACACCGCCCUGCAUGGUGCAAACGCAAGUGGAAGGCGGCUCAACUUUGUUCAAAUUUGACUACUAUGGUCAGGAAGCCUUCUUGACUCAGAGCUCUCAACUCUACCUUGAGACUUGUUUGCCGGCGCUCGGAGACGUGUUUUGCGUUCAGGAAAGCUUCAGAGCCGAGAAGAGCCACACUAGGCGCCACUUGAGCGAGUACACGCACUUGGAAGCUGAACUCGGCUUCCUCACAUUUGAGGACCUGCUUGCACACCUUGAACAAUUGGUGAGUCCAUCUUCCCCGGCCUUCAGUUCGACUCGCUUCGCUGUACUGACAGAGGAGCUCUUCUGCAUCAUAGAUCUGCGGCACGAUCGACCGUGUCCUGGCACAUCCCACGUCCUCUUCCCUCAUCCAGCAGCUCAACCCAGACUUCAAAGCUCCCAGCCGACCCUUCAAGCGGAUGGACUACAAGGAUGCGAUCGCCUGGCUCAACGAGCACGACAUCAAGACAGACGAAGGAGAAGACCACAAAGUCGGAGACGACAUCGCCGAGGCCGCAGAGCGGAAGAUGACGGAUGCCAUUGGCGUCCCAAUCUUCCUUACAGGCUUCCCUCGUGAGAUCAAAGCCUUCUACAUGAAGCGCAUUCCGGGCGACGAAGGCUUCACCGAGAGCGUCGAUGUGCUCAUGCCCGGCGUUGGAGAGAUUGUGGGAGGAUCGAUGCGUAUGAGCGGAUCUCAGGAGCUGUUGGACGCGUACAAGCACGAAGGUAUCGAUGCCAAACCUUACCACUGGUACACCGACCAGCGCAAGUACGGUACUUGCGAGCAUGGAGGAUAUGGACUGGGCGUGGAGAGAUUCUUGGCUUGGCUCACCAACAGAUGUAAGUGGGAGCAUGUACCAGAGGUCAUUAGGUGCGAAUCUGACGAGUUUCUCAACGUUUCCGGCGCACCCUGCAGACACCGUCCGGGAAGCUUCGCUUUACCCUCGAUACACUGGUGAGUAGGAGCACAGCGCUCUCCAUCAGUGACCACUGCUGAACCCACAGUGUCUCUGAACAAACGCAGGACGCUGCCAACCUUGA